GGUAGAAGAAAAGUCAGGCAAACACGAGCACGAGCACGCAGGCACCACUGGGAGAUCAGAACUUCUAGCUGGCUCUCUGCUGCCACAGCUCCACCGAAAGGGUUGGGGAGGAAGAGGGGGAGCCCUGCCGGGGGACUAAGCCCACAACUGAGAGGAGAGGCAGGUGCGUGCAGGCCUGUGGGACUGUUGGAUCCUCAGCUGGAGGUGCGUCACCUGGACCAUGAGGUCAUCCCUCUACUGGCUCCUCCCACUUCUCCUCAUCUUGGCCUCGGUGGCCCAAGGCCAGCUGACAAGGCGACCAAGACCCAGGCCCAGGCCCAGACCCAGACCCAGGCCCACACCCAGCAUUCCUCCGCCCCAUGAGCCAUCGGAGCCUACAGACCUGCCCCCUCCUCUCCCUCCAGGCCCCCCUUCUAUCUUCCCUGACUGCCCCCGGGAAUGCUACUGCCCCCCGGAUUUCCCGUCCGCCCUCUACUGUGACAGCCGCAACCUCCGGAAGGUCCCUGUCAUCCCCCCCCGCAUCCAUUACCUCUACCUGCAGAACAACUUCAUAACGGAGCUCCCCGUGGAGUCCUUCCAGAAUGCCACCGGCCUGAGGUGGAUCAACCUGGAUAACAACCGGAUUCGCAAGAUAGACCAGAAGGUUCUGGAGAAACUGCCCAGUCUGAUAUUCCUCUACAUGGAGAAGAACCAGCUCGAAGAAGUGCCCUCGGCCCUGCCCCGGCACCUGGAGCAGUUGAGGCUCAGUCAGAACCAGAUCUCCAGAAUCCCACCCGGCGUCUUCAGCAAGCUGGACAGCUUGCUGCUCCUGGAUCUCCAGCACAACAAGCUAAGCGACGGCGUCUUCAAGCCCGACACCUUCCAGGGCCUCAAGAACCUCAUGCAGCUCAACCUGGCCCACAAUAUCCUGAGGAAGAUGCCCCCCAAGGUGCCCACGGCCAUUCACCAGCUCUACCUGGACAGCAACAGGAUCGAGACCAUCCCGAAUGGCUACUUCAAGGGUUUCCCCAACCUUGCUUUCAUUCGCCUGAACUACAACAGGCUGUCAGACCGGGGGCUCCCCAAGAACUCCUUCAACAUCUCCAACCUGCUCGUGCUCCACCUGUCCCACAACAAGAUCAGCAGCGUGCCCGCCAUCAACAACAAGCUGGAGCACCUGUACCUCAACAACAACAGCAUAGAGAAGAUCAAUGGGACCCAGAUUUGCCCCAACAAUCUAGUUGCCUUCCAUGACUUCUCCUCCGAUCUGGAGAACGUGCCACACCUCCGCUACCUGCGGCUGGACGGGAACCAUCUGAAGCCACCCAUCCCACUGGACCUCAUGAUGUGCUUCCGUCUGCUGCAGUCCGUGGUUAUUUAGGCCUUACUCUGCCCCCUGGAUUGCCUCUGACCGCACUUGAAUGCUGGUGACCCCGGUGCCUGUGCCCACCAUUCAUGUCCUCUAUCCUCCUUUCUCAUUCCCAGCUUUGCCUUUCUUCUCCCACCUUCCCGAGGCAAGGACUAGCCACGUGCUCUGCUGCUCCUGAGGCUUUUAGAGCAAGACUUCUAAGGGCUUGAUUUGGUUCACCCAGCUCAAGGACACCCACUGCACACCCGCACUUCUGGCCCGAGCAGCACAGAGCUGUGCCCAAAGACAACCUCUUCUCUCCUCCUCCUCUACCCUGACACUCCUGGGUAAGUCGGGACCAUGGGCUAACAUCUGGAACUUGGUCCCGGCCGAAGCAAGCAGAAGGUGGUCAGAACAGCCCAGAGGUGAGGUUUGGAAAGUCCUGCUGGAGACUCCAACAUCAUGGGCAGCUCUGGCCCCGACAGACCCCUUAGCCACGGAUCCUGCCUUCCAGAAAUGCUGCUCUGCCGCCCUGUUCGCUGGCACCAGACGUUGUGCUGGCUCUUUACCAGCCCGUGUUCUCCAGCAAAGACGUGCAAAGGAAGGGCUGAAAGAGGGUGGAGGGUCAGGGUUCCCACAAGGGCCUGCCUCCGGCAGUUUCUUCACAGGACGGGCUCCGGCCCUUCUCAGCACACGCCCUCCUGGCUGGGCCUCUAUCUCAAGAGUAAGAGCAGGGAGUCAAGGAGAAUAGUUCCAGGAACUUGGAAUCAGCUAGUGGGAGAGGGGUGGGAGUCAGAGCCCCUGGGUGGGGCCCCUGUGGGUACGGAUGGGGCCUGCAGCCCCCUUGCCGGUCUGAUGCCCUGGGCCCCUCGGGUGUCCAUAGGGUCUGGUGCCACCAGCCCCACCCCACCAUCUGUUCUCAAUCAGUGUGAUGGCCCAAUCCUGUCCAAAGCCCGGAAGCAGUUCGAGAAAGUGUUCUGGAAAGGGCGGAGCCCCGGAAAUCUCCCAGAAGCACAGAUGGACUUCCCCAUGCUAAGGCAGGCACAUCAGUGACACCUGGUGGCUGGUGCAGGUCCCAGCUGGCUCCUAUCUUCCUCACCUCUCUUUGGGUUGGUUGUACAAGGUCAAGGAGCUGGCCUCAGGUUCCAACUUGAAAAGCCAUGGGCCGUGUGCACAGUUGCUCCUCUGGGAUGUAAAGGAUGCAAAGUGACAGAGGCCUUGAGGCCAGGGACUGAUGUCCACCAUGAGUGAGCACAAGUGGGAACCUUCAGGAACCCAGGUGAGGAUGUGGUUUGUUCCUGUUUGCUGUCUGACCUUGCGGGUCCCUUCUGCCCACAGCCCUUGCGUCUAGAAGCUAAGGGGGUAGAUAAGAUGCCCCGACUAGGUCCCUCCAACAUUCACGGUCUAGUCCGAGGCUCCACUCUUUAAACCGUGCUCUGGUUAUCUCUUAUCCCAGCCUCUCGCAGUAAUUUAUUCCCUAUAUGGACUGUCCCUACCCCCUUGAAAAUCCCCUCCCCUCUGCCUGGGCCAGGUGAGUGGCUUGGCUGGCCUCCAAGCAGAGCCUGGGCCCCACAGGGCUUACUCACCUUCCCCUUCUCCUUCAUUCCUCUAGUAGACGCUGCCCUUCCACAGCUCUCUAGUGUGUACUGCGGUGGGGGGCGGGAGGGGAGUGGGGGAAGGGAGUGGAAGUUCUAGAAACAAGUAGGACAACAUGCCCAGCCUCAUUAGGCUGAGAAAAGUUCCAGAGAUUUUUUAACAAAUUGGAUUAAGCUAGGUCCCUAACUUCAAGAAAUUCCCAUUAUAGUCUAUCUCACCUUUCUCUUUAGCUCAUUUACAGAAUACAGGGCCCACUUCCUCUUAGCCUCCUUCCCUCAUUCUCCCAUAUAACUGCUCCGUCUUUCCUAGCUGCGGCUGGUUUCUCCAAGGCUCCUGCUUAAAGUCAAUAUAUUACCGUGGCUGUAAGCAACCCGGUGCUAAGGCCUGGAUAAGACCCGCUUCUGCCCUGCCCUCACCCCUCACAACAUCUGCCCCUCGGAGGAGGCCCUCAGGGGAGCAUGGUGCCUGUGGUCCCCCUGGGGACAGGGGACAUUUCGGCUCAUGCAAACCUAAACUUUUGUUUCAGCAGCAAAACCAUCCCCAUCAUCCCAUCAACCCCAUGUAGAUGGAGUCUCUUUCCUCCAUUGCUCCCAGCAGCUGUAAGCUAGAGGGGAUUUGGGUGAAAUUGCCUUUAAGCGAUACCCCACCCCCACCCCAACACACACACACA